GAAAAUAAAAUCAUUCCAGAGGAAAUUAGAAUUAUUGAUACAAUAGAUACCAUUGUUGCCAUUGAUACCAUUGAUAAUGAUACUUUUAUGGUAAAGGAUAUAUUCAUUACAAAUGUAUCUGAAGAAAAAUCAGUUAAUGACGAAUCCUCUACUGAUGUGUCGAUGCAAAUUUAUGAGUUACAGUCGCAGCAAGUAAAACGUUGCAAGGAAGAUUCUUUUAAUGAAAAUCGAAAAUAUACUUGUAUUUCAAAUGAUGUUAAACUUUACCUUGAACAAACAAGUGAUGGAAAAAGUUACUUUGGGAUUUAUAACAAACAAGGUUUUGACAACGUUCUAAGGACAGAUUUAGCGAAAUAUAUAAUAACAGCAGAGUUAGCUAACGAUCCGAACAAACGGUGAAUAUAAUGCAAUAAUUGGCUGUUUUAAUUAUUUCACAAGUACUGUUAUAACUAUGAAUAUGAAUAAAAUUAACGA